CAUUGGACAAGAUUGCUGAAAGAGCUUGAUCUAAGGUUGCUGAAAGAGCUUGAUCUAAGCUUGCUGACUCUUUUCAUACUGCUUAAAAAGUAAAGAUUACACAGGCAGGACAAAAAGAAUUUAUUGUCCUUUUUAUAAAUGAUGAAGUCUAUACCGAUAGCAUUAUGUUAUGUUAUUGCUUUGAGUAUGCACCUAGUUGAAUCUAACGACAAAGUUGAUGAUAUCAUGAAAAUACGAGUACCAAGACGUCUUCCCGAGAAACCAAAUGUAUGCAAUUCUAGUUGUGUUUCACCUGGAGUUCCUGGUGUACCUGGUGUGCCUGGUGUACCUGGAGUUCCAGGUCAUAAUGGGGUGCCAGGAGCCAAAGGAUACAGUGGAAGUGAUGGAAAGCCAGGAAAGAUAGGUCCAUCAGGGCCAAAAGGGGACAAAGGAGUCCAAGGUGGUGUGGGAAGGACUGGUGCAAAGGGUGAAAAAGGGAAAGCUGGUAUACAAGGCGCUGCAGGAGUUAAUAGUGAAUCCAACUGGAAGCAGUGCUCUUGGAAGAACAACGAUAAUCGAGAUAAUGGACUUAUAAAGAUAUGCAGUUUUAAGAAAAAACGUGACAAUACUUAUCUUCGCGUGUUCUACGCCGGUACCCUCCGUAUUUACAACUGCGACACGUGUUGCAAGCGAUGGUAUAUUAAAUUCAACGGAAAAGAAUGUAAUCCUACGAUUGAAGGAGUCCUCUACAUUAGGAAAGGUAGAGGAACACAUGAUAUUCAUCGUCAUCGUCAUAUCGAGGGAUAUUGUGGCAACAUCAAUAUGGGUACUGUGAAUGUUGGAUUCUAUGUCGGUAAUUGUCAGGGAUAUUCCAAUGCAGAUGCCUACAGUGGAUGGCAAACAGUCUCUCGAAUUGUGAUCCAAGAAGUUCCAGCACCUCAGGCUUAAUUCAAACCAAGCUGAAUCUGAAUUGUUGUUGAAUAUGCUUUACUUAUCAUAAUUGUUGCUAUGAUUUUUAUAAACAUACAGCUCUUUUCAGUGUGGUCUUUUUGUUGUCUAUGUCACUAUUUUUAGUCUUUAUUCUCAAAUAGAUUUUGAAUAAACAGUACAAAUACAAAA